AUCAAUGAUGUCAAAGUUGCUAGCCAAGUUUUAGUCAGUACAAUUAUAUUGGUAUUUUUUCACUAAUUUUGAAUAUCUCCCAAUAGUCUAGUUAGUCUUUUACAAUUGUACUAAUUUACAUUCACCGAAAAUGUUAUUUUAUAUAAUUGAAUGAAUUAGUGAAUUUAACGAAUUCUUAAAAUUAGCUGAUACCCAUUAGAAAAUGGUCGACGAGGGAUAAGCAAAUGUUUUUUCCGUAAACAUCUAUUUAUUGCGAAAGGCCUCCUUAAAGAGUUGCAGCUUGAAGUGAAAAAUUUCCUCCCGGAAACGUGGCUUUGUAGGUUUUUUUCGACUAUGCAGUAUUGUACUUAGUGUAGAUAAGUGGUGAAUAGAGUCUAAAAAAUAGACAAAAAAUAUUUGGUUUCAACAACAAACAAUACAAAACAACUUUAAUUAUCGAAAAAAAAAUAAACAAAAAAAAUAACAAGGGUACAUACGAAAAAAUCGAUUGCUUACCCCACGGUCGCACUUUUAACGUAUAUAAGCUGUUGUCUUAGAUAGCCUAAUUGGAAUAAAAGAAGAAUUGCAAUUUGACGUUUUCGACAGAUUUUAAGUAGGUCCAAGCCAGCACUUCAAUCAAAUAAUGAUUCAAACAAAGAAGUUGGGAGAAAUAAUUCAAAAAGUACUUCACAGUUUGAAGAUUAUUUAAAAAAACGAGAUUAUACUGGUGCAGUGACAUAUUUGGAGUUCAAACAUUUUCCUGAAGAUAAGAGACCAAUCGUUGAAGAGUGGUUAGCAUUUUGUGCAUUUCACAGAGGAGAUUACAAGAAAGCACUUGAUAUUUAUCAGAAUUUACUGAAAUCCAAUACAGUAGGCAAUUAUUCGAUUAAUACCGCUUGUUGCCUUUUUUAUCUGGGUAUGUAUGAAGAAUCCAAAGAACUUUUGCAAAAAGUUCCACUAAAUGGCUUAAGAAACAGACUCAAUUUUCAUCUUUCGCAUAAAUUGAGGGAUGAGGCUACUCUAAUGGAAAAUCAUCAGCAGUUACAGGAUGUUUUGGAAGAUCAAUUGAGUUUAGCUGCCAUACAUUAUCUAAGAGCUCAUUACCAGGAAGCUAUUGAUAUUUAUAAGAGAUUGCUUCUCCAAAAUAGAGAAAACAUUGCAUUGAAUAUCUAUGUGGCACUAUGUUACUACAAACUGGAUUAUUAUGAUGUAUCUCAAGAAGUACUUGGUAUCUACUUGAACAGGUAUCCAGAUUCAGUCAUUGCUACUAAUUUAAAGGCUUGCAAUACAUUUCGUCUCUAUAAUGGAAAAGCGGCAGAAAAUGAGUUAAAAAACAUAAUUGAUCUAAGUAAUCAUGUUGGUUUUGGUUACGACUUAUUAAAACACAAUAUGGUAGUUUUUCGAGAAGGCGAAGGUGCUAUGCAGGUUUUUCCCUUGUUGGUUGAUGUAGUACCUGAAGCGAGAUUAAAUUUAGUUAUACAUUAUCUUAGGAAUCACGAUACUAAAGAAGCGUUUGAUUUAAUAAAAGAUUUGCAACCUGCUGUUCCCCAAGAGUAUAUUUUAAAGGGAGUCGUUAAUGCAACACUUGGGCAAGAGUUGAAUUCUUUGGAACACAUAAAAGUAGCUGAAGAAUGUUUUCAUUUGGUUGGUAGUUCAACAAGUGAAUGUGAUACGAUUCAUGGAAGGCAAUGUAUGGCAGCUGCUUUUUUUCUGGCAAAUCAAUUUGAAGACGUUUUAAUAUAUUUGACAUCAAUAAAAAGUUACUUGCAUUCAGAUGAUACUUUUAAUUUUAACUUUGGUCAAGCAAAAGUGGCAUGUAACCAAUUCAAAGAAGCCGAAGAGAUAUUUCUAUUAAUUAAUGAUGUUCGAAUAAAAAGUGAUUAUGUUUACAUUUCCAAUUUGACCCGAUGUUACAUUAUGAACCAUAAACCUCAACAAGCUUGGGAACUAUAUAGUAAUAUGGUGAACGGUGCGGAAAGUUUCAAUCUGCUGCUAGUUAUAGCGAACGAUUGUUAUAGAAUGGGAGAAUUUUGGUAUGCGGCCAAAGCGUUUGAUAUGCUCGACAAAAUUGAACCCAAUCCGGAAUUUUGGGAAGGAAAACGGGGUGCUAUUGUUGGAGUCUUUCAAGGCGUUAUAGUACAGAAAUUUCCAGUAGAUAUGUUGGGGGACAUUUUGCAACUUCUUCGAAGCUCGACAUCAAGUCAAGCUGAUCAAAUUGCUAGCGUCAUAAGAAGAUGGGCCAAAGAACAACGUUUAAAUGUUUCCUAAUUUUAACAUGAUCACUAUUAUAAUAGAUUUAUGAAAUGUCAAUAAUAAACUGUAAAUGAAAAUAAAAGAUUUAUGCUUCACCCUAU